UAAUUUCUCCUUUAUUUUCACUUCCGUCCAAAGAGGGAAAUCUAGCGAUAAAAGAAAGGAAGUAGCCGAUGGAAAGCCUAGCUUGGCAAUAAGUAAACUCUGAAUGGCAACGUGCAGCAAUCUGGGAAAUACCAAAAAUCAUCAAAGAAAUGUGAAAAAAAGGCGUGUACUUUACAAAGAAGUGCCCAGUUCCCAGUCUUCAUUUCACACAUUCAGUGAUGCAGCUGAAAUCAAAGACUUCCAGGAGAGACUGCUGUCUUGGUUCAAUAAAUGUAAACGGGAUCUGCCAUGGAGGAAACUGGCUGCAACUGAAGCCGAUGAUGACAGACGAGCAUAUGCUGUGUGGGUAUCGGAGAUCAUGCUCCAGCAAACCCAAGUGGCUUCAGUGAUUAGUUACUACAAUUGUUGGAUGCAGAAAUGGCCAACCUUGCAGGAGUUAGCUAAAGCUUCAUUAGAGGAGGUGAAUGAACUAUGGGCAGGUCUUGGCUACUAUUCUCGGGGGAAAAGGCUCCACGAAGGUGCACAUAAGGUGAUCUCGCAACUGGGAGGUCAUAUACCCAGGACAGCUGAAGAGCUGCAGAAGCUGCUGCCAGGAGUAGGGAGGUACACUGCAGGAGCUAUUGCAUCCAUAGCAUUUGGCCAGGUGACAGGAGUGGUAGAUGGGAAUGUGACUCGAGUUUUGUGUCGCACAAGAGCCAUUGGUGCUGACCCUGCCAAUUCAGCUGUUGCAGACACGCUCUGGACUUUAGCCCACACGCUGGUUGACCAGACCCAUCCAGGUGACUUUAACCAAGCAAUGAUGGAAUUGGGUGCAACUGUGUGUACUCCCAAGACCCCACUAUGUGUGGAAUGUCCAGUGAAACAGCAUUGCAGAGCUCUCCAUAAAGUAGAAAAGGGUCUGUUAAAUUCCAGCAAGAGACUGUUAGGAAAAACUGCUUCUAAAUGCUCCCCUGUGCUAGAUAUGGAGGAAUGUGCUGCUGUCCCAGGGAGCUGUUCACUCUGCCUGUCUCCUUCAGUACCAUGGGAGCCCAGCCUUGGUGUGGCUAAUUUCCCAAGGAAAACUACCAAGAAGCAGCCCAGAAUAGAGCACACGGCCACGUGUGUGCUAUAGAGGAGACACCGUGAUGGGAAUCCAGAGUACCUUCUUGUGAGGAGGCCCAGCUCAGGUCUGCUAGCAGGACUGUGGGAAUUUCCUAGUAUCCUCCUUGAGCAAGGGCAGGAAAAGCAACAGAAAGUGAUUCUGGCAGAUCAUCUCCAAGCCUGGGUUGGCAAUGACUUGGCAGUGAGGCAACUACAAUAUGUUGGAGAGGUUCUCCAUAUCUUCUCCCACAUCCGCCAAACAUAUGUGAUCUUUUUUUUGAAUCUGGACAAAGAUGAGGAACAUUGGAAUAGGAAUGUGGAGCUUCCAGCAUCCCAAUGGGUGACCAAAACAGAAUUCCAGAUCUCAGCCAUCUCUACUGCUAUGAAAAAGGUCUUCAAAGCUUAUGAAAAAUGGAGCUGUAGAAUCAGUGAUGUCCAGGUUGUGAAGAAGAAGAAACGGGGCUCUCUGGGCACCAGCCAUUUAAAGUCUAAAGAACAGAAUAGCUCUUCCCAGAAGCUGCUUUCUUUGCAUUCAUUUCUUAGAGCUGGUCUCAACAACUGACUGCAAGUUCAAACAGAGUAUAGAAAAAACAUGGGGGAAAGUACACAUCUCUGCACUCCCAAUAAUCUUGUACAGUAUGUUGUACAAAUAUAUCAUCUUUUGAAGGGCCUGGGAGCCAUGCAGUGAGGUGUGUCUGCCCAGUAUGGGUAGCAUGAGGUACUGGAGCAUAAUGCUGUGGAACAUAUCCUGCUGUCACCUGAUUUCCUACCCAUUUGCUAAAUGUCUUAUUAAAUAGGCACUGCUCUUAACAUGGCAUGCAUGACCACAAUCUGAAUUGUGGCUACAGUUCUACCAAUGAGGCAGAUAUUAACUAGCAGUUCUUUUGUGAUAUGGCAUGUUGAAAGAAAUGUGGCAAAGGCGGGAUAAGGGAUUUUUUAAAGCCAGUUUCCUUUGGGAACAGGUAACUGAAUAAUCAUUGCUCGCCUACAUGUUACUACUGUACUGUGUACCAGUUAUCCUGUACGAUCAACUAUUUUAAUGCUUAAAAUGUCCAGUUUUAACUGUGGCUUCAC